AUGGUAGAAUUCGGUGAAUGUAUAGAUGAAACGUUUGGUGGAUCGCCAAAGAAUAUCUAUCACCAUCAUGACUUUUCAACAGAUUCUGCGAUCGGCAGCGGUGCGUCAUCUCGACGAAACUCCAACAAUCCGUUUGGGGAGCUUCGGGAUUUUGUGAAACGGCGAAAAAACGUCAAUGGACGGGUAGGAAUAGUUUAUUGA